AUAUUCAUACGUAAGAAAAGAAUAAAAAUGAGUAUUUCAGACUAAAAAAAAUAUUAUUAUCGGCAGAUGAUGCUCGUCUUCUUGACGCUGUCAUUCAACCUCGUUACGAGCAAACCGUACGAGUAUGAUUUCAUCUAUUCACCAAUAGCUAAUGUAUCUGUGAGUAAACACCACGGCCAAGCGCAAGAUUCAACUUAUCACUUUGAUGAUUUAUUCGAGAAUACCGACAGUUCUGAAUGCAAGAGAAAUGCUACGUGUGUACCGUUGUACGCCGCCACUUGUUUCGGAAGCCGCUUGCCGUACGAUUCGACAAGUUUGAACUUAGUUCCCGGUUACGCUACGAAAUAUUCCAUCCAGCGUCGUCUACGUAUGCUCCAAGUGCUAAAGUCAAUUCCAAAAUGCUGGUCAGUUGUCCGUCCAUUCAUGUGCUCGUUAUUCGUGCCAAAAUGCGUGAACGACACGGUUGAGCGGCUAUCUCAAAGCAUGUGUACCACGGUAUUCAGCUCGUGUCGAUUAGUUCUCAAUGAAACGGUCUGGCCGACGUUGAUCGACUGCGACAACGAGGAUUUGUUCAUGCCCCAGUGUCGCACCAACAUGCUCGACGUGAUGUUCGACAAGUCGUGGCACUGUCCAGCACCGCUAGUACCCACCAACGAUUCUCUGGCAGUUUUCGACGGCAUCGAUGGCUGCGGAAUACCAUGUCGAGAUCCGAUGUACACUCACGAGGAACAUCAGCAAAUCCGUACGUUUAUCGCUUGGGGAGCGACUACCUGUUGCCUUCUUAAUGUCUUCGCUGUGGCAACAUUCCUAAUCAACUGGAAAAGCGCUAGCAAAUUUCCAGCCUCGGUCAUAUUUUACAUAAACGCCUGCUUCAUGGUCUGCUGCCUGGGAUGGCUCGUUCAGUUCUCGACCGGCAACAAUAAUAUUAUCGUUUGUAAACCGGACGGCACUCUGCGUAAAAGCGAGCCAAAAGGCGAUAUAUCCUGCGUCUUAAUCUUCAUUCUCGUCUAUUACCCACUCAUGUCGGCGAUCAUUUGGUUCGUCAUUCUCACCUACACCUGGCAUGUAAGUGUCCAGCCGUGUACCAAAUUGAACAGUCGAUUGGACAAGAAAAGUGCCUACUUUCAUCUGCUAGCUUGGUGUUUACCAUUGAUGUUGACAGUUGGUGUGUUGAGCAUGAGCGAAAUUGAUGGUGACAGUAUGACAGGGAUAUGCUUCAUUGGGCGUUACAAUUACAUCGUUAGACUGGGAUUUGUGUUGGGACCUGUUGUCGUUGCUAUACUGAUUGGUCCUUACUUUCUUAUCAGAAGUAUGAUCAGAUUGAUCAUCUUGACGAUAACCUCCGAGGGUAUCAUUUCGAAUAAAGCAAGUUCGAAGUUGAGAAAUACGAUCAUCAGAAUGGGAAUGUUCUCCGUUGCUAUUUUCUCCUCUGUGAUUAUAACUAUCCACUGCCAUCUGUACGACUUUCUUAAUUACGCGGCGUGGGAGCAGAAUUUCCGCAUGUUCAUCGUUUGCUCUGUAACGACAGGGUACAGCGACUUAUCAAGCUGUAAAAUGAAGGUACGACCGAGCGUAACGAAACUCCAACUACACCUAUUCGCUUUGUUUUUCACUGGGAUAGUGAUGUCUUCAUGGGUAUGGACAAGUUCGAGUAUGGCCAUCUGGUUGCGAUGCUUCAAAAGGCUGUUCAAGUGCAACAAUGCGAGGGUAGAGCAGCAGCAGCAACCGGUGAAGUUGCAGAAACAUGAGGUGAUCGCGCAAGCUUAUUCGAAACGACAAUCUGGAAAAGAAUUAGAUUGGAAAGGCGAAAAUCCACGGAUAUCCAUUGAUUUUUACAACGAAGAUCCAGUCGGACUAAAUUUUGAUCCGAAUUCUGUUGAGUCGCAAGAUAUCAGUGCUACGUGGGCCGCUGCAUUGCCGUACAUGGUUAUGAGAAGAGACGCAGUAGUUCGUGAAUUAUUGAAGAGCGAAUUGGCCAAAUCAAAACGUGACAAUCGCCGCAGCUCUAAUGAGUCAUAUAGUUUUAGUGUGCGUCGUGCGUCAAUCGAGUCGAAAAGAAAUUCGAGUGAUCCGCAAUUUUCAAUGUCGAUUAGUGAAUUGUCUGCUUAUAGACAGUUGCCUUAUCGCAUUGGGCGUAAUCAUAGAGAUACCGAUGUAUCUUCGACGAACAGGCGAAGGAAAAGAAAAGGAAAAUUGAAGAGACGCAGGCUUAGGGGUUAUACAAUACAUAGGAGUCGAAGAACUAUCAGAAGUUCCGUUGGUCAGAGUCACGAUACUCCGGCUACCGACACGGGUCAUUAGAACAAUCUUCGAAUGAUUAUAGCUUGUAUUUUUUAAUUAAACUCGCGACUGAUCUUUGAAUGAGCUAAUAUAUAAAUUUACAUUUGUUUCUUUUAAUUGAGAAACAAUUGUCGAUAGUAGUUUUGAAAUUAGAACAGCUUUGAAUCAUAUGUUUUACUGUUUCUAUUUGUAACAGUAUUUAAUGAUAGAUUUUAUAGUACGAAAAAGAUUUUUUCAAUUAUUAUUCGCAGAAGAAUUUUUUUUAUCAAACAUAGUUUUUCUGACUUGACGAAAUUCUAUAUCUAAGAAAUCUUAUAUUCAAAUUUCACAUCAAAAUACGUACUUAGAUUCGAACUUAUUUUAUCAAGUUUAUCGUCUCAUAAAUUUUAAGAGUUUCUACAACGGCUAACCGAAGAAACUGCUAGAUCACACUUUUGAGUCCUCAAUUAAAAAUUAUAUUUUCAUUAUAUUGACACAGUGAUUCAGAAAUUGGUAUUUUUACUUGUUAUAAAUAAUUAUAAAAUGUGAUUCAGCAAUUCCUCUAUUCAUCCCCUACGUUUCAAAUUUCAGACGAAUUCAUGAAUUUAUAAUGUACGUGGAGCGUUUGAAGAAAAUGAUAAAUUAAAAGCUAAAGAAAAGUAAAGUUUACCAAAAAAUACCAUAUAGAUAUUCUAAUAAAUUUACUCUUUAUUUUGUAGUUUGAAAAUAAAUUAAUUGUGUUUAGAUUAUCUAAAGCUUGAAGGAACUUUUUGUCAAGCGAAAAGAGGGAAAGUUCAACUGAAAUUUGGUUAAAGAAUAAAUCUAGAAUAGAAAAACCUUUUAUUUCAGAAAUAAAUUCUUUAUUUCAAGAAAAAAAAGAUUUAAAAAUGAAGUAAACUAAAAACAUUUCUUCUUUAUAGCAUUGUGUUUCACGACUCAGAAGAUACACAGCACUAAAUUCGUAAAAACUUAUUCAUUAAAAAUUAAAUCUUAUUCAUUAAAAUACCAUAUUAUGUAUUUUUUGUAAAUAUGUCUUGCCAAAAUAAAGUGAUACUAUAUUU